CUAUGGCGCCCUGGGCCCCCACUGCGCGGGGCCACUAGGACCCUCAGCGUCCCCUUCCCUCCCCCUCCCUGCCCCCUCUCCCGCCGCGUGAACCCGGGUGUUCGCGGCACCCAGCUUUUGAGCUCGCGUCCCCAGGCCGGCGGGGGGGGAGGGGAAGAGGGGACCCCGGCACCCCUGUCCCCCCCCACCCGGCCGCCCAGUCCCCUGGGACCCGGAGAAAAUGUCUUCGCGGACGGCGCUGGCCCCGGGCAACGAUCGGAACUCGGACACGCAUGGCACCUUGGGCAGUGGCCGCUCCUCGGACAAAGGGCCAUCCUGGUCCAGCCGCUCCCUGGGCGCCCGCUGCCGGAAUUCCAUCGCCUCCUGCCCCGAGGAGCAGCCCCACGUGGGCAACUACCGCCUGCUGAGGACCAUCGGGAAGGGCAACUUUGCCAAAGUCAAGCUGGCCCGGCACAUCCUCACCGGCCGGGAGGUUGCCAUCAAGAUCAUCGACAAAACCCAGCUGAACCCCAGCAGCCUGCAGAAGCUGUUCCGAGAAGUUCGUAUCAUGAAGGGUCUAAAUCACCCCAACAUCGUGAAGCUCUUCGAGGUGAUCGAGACCGAGAAGACACUGUACCUAGUGAUGGAGUAUGCAAGUGCUGGAGAAGUAUUUGACUACCUCGUGUCGCACGGCCGCAUGAAGGAGAAGGAAGCUCGAGCCAAGUUCCGACAGAUUGUAUCGGCUGUGCACUACUGUCACCAGAAAAACAUUGUCCACAGGGACCUGAAGGCCGAGAACCUCUUGCUGGAUGCCGAGGCCAACAUCAAGAUCGCCGACUUUGGCUUCAGCAAUGAGUUCACGCUGGGCUCGAAGCUAGACACGUUCUGCGGGAGCCCCCCGUACGCUGCCCCGGAGCUGUUCCAGGGCAAGAAGUACGACGGCCCGGAGGUGGACAUCUGGAGCCUGGGCGUCAUCCUGUACACCCUCGUCAGCGGCUCCCUGCCCUUCGAUGGGCACAACCUCAAGGAGCUGCGGGAGCGAGUCCUCAGAGGGAAGUACCGGGUCCCUUUCUACAUGUCAACAGACUGUGAGAGCAUCCUGCGGAGAUUUUUGGUGCUGAACCCAGCUAAACGCUGCACUCUCGAGCAAAUCAUGAAAGACAAAUGGAUCAACAUCGGCUAUGAGGGUGAGGAGUUGAAGCCAUACACAGAGCCGGAGGAGGACUUUGGGGACACCAAGCGAAUCGAGGUGAUGGUGGGUAUGGGCUACACUCGGGAAGAAAUCAAAGAGGCCUUGACCAGCCAGAAGUACAAUGAAGUGACCGCCACCUACCUCCUGCUGGGCAGGAAGACUGAGGAGGGUGGGGACCGGGGCGCUCCAGCGCUGGCCCUGGCAAGGGUGCGGGCGCCCAGCGACACCACCAACGGAACCAGCUCCAGCAAAGGCACCAGCCACAGCAAAGGGCAACGGAGUUCCUCUUCCACCUACCACCGCCAGCGCAGGCAUAGUGACUUCUGCGGCCCAUCCCCCGCACCCCUGCACCCCAAGCGCAGCCCAACCAGCACGGGGGAGGCGGAGCUGAAGGAGGAGCGCCUGCCGAGCCGGAAGGCGAGCUGCAGCGCUGCCGGCAGCGGGAGCCGAGGGCUGCCCCCCUCCAGCCCGAUGGUCAGCAGCGCCCACAACCCCAACAAGGCAGAGAUCCCAGAGCGGCGGAAGGACAGCACGAGCACCCCCAGCAACCUCCCUCCCAGCAUGAUGACCCGCAGAAACACCUAUGUUUGCACAGAGCGCCCGGGGGCUGAGCGCCCAUCGCUGUUGCCAAACGGCAAAGAAAACAGCUCGGGUACCCCACGGGUGCCCCCCGCCUCCCCCUCCAGCCACAGUCUGGCUCCUCCAUCGGGGGAGCGGAGCCGCCUGGCACGGGGCUCCACCAUCCGUAGCACCUUCCACGGGGGCCAGGUCCGAGACCGGCGCACAGGGGGUGGGGGCGGUGGGGGCGUGCAGAAUGGCCCCCCCGCCUCGCCCACGCUGGCCCAUGAGGCCACACCCCUGCCCACCGGGCGGCCACGCCCCACCACCAACCUCUUCACCAAGCUGACCUCCAAACUGACCCGAAGGGUCUCAGACGAACCUGAGAGAAUCGGGGGACCUGAGGUCACAAGUUGCCAUCUACCUUGGGAUCAAACGGAAACCGCCCCCCGGCUGCUCCGAUUCCCCUGGAGUGUGAAGCUGACCAGCUCGCGCCCGCCCGAGGCCCUGAUGGCAGCUCUGCGCCAGGCCACCGCGGCCGCCCGCUGCCGCUGCCGCCAGCCACAGCCGUUCCUGCUGGCGUGCCUGCACGGGGGUGCGGGCGGGCCCGAGCCCCUGUCCCACUUCGAAGUGGAGGUCUGCCAGCUGCCCCGGCCGGGCCUGCGGGGAGUUCUCUUCCGCCGCGUGGCGGGCACCGCCCUGGCCUUCCGCACCCUCGUCACCCGCAUCUCCAACGACCUCGAGCUCUGAGCCGCCACGGCCCUGGUUCACCUCCUCUUCCUCUUCCUGGUCCCCUUCACUUCUGCAGGAGGGAAAGGGGUCAGGGGGCGGAUUCUUCCAUGGUCAUCCCCGCAGUUGGAUUGGACUGGGGGCAAAGGCCGUCUCCUCUGCUGUUCUCCGGGAUGCGUGGCUGAGGGAAGAGUGUGUGGGCUCAGAAGGGCGGGGGCGGGGCGGGGGGGAGGCGCCUUCCUGGAGCCUCCAGCCAGUCCUGUCCCUCCGCACCCUGCCAUGGAGCACCUGAGGAGACUUUGGGGGCAGGGCAGGGGCAGGAGGAGAAACUGAGGACACUCUUCCAUUCCUCCCAACAGUUCACGGAUCAGGCCUUGGGCAGGGGCAGGAAGGGUUGCUGAGCCUGACGACUGGAGAAUUGGGGGACUGGAAAUAGGGGGGUCAGAGAGGCAGAUUCCUUCCCCUUCCCCGCCCCCCAUGCUCGAACCCCCCUCCCUGCCCCAGGCUGGUGCGGGACACUUUGUACAAAUCCUUGUAAAUACCCCCAUGCCCUCCCCUCUGCAGAGAUCUCUCAAGGAGCUGGAGCUGGCGCUGUUGCCUCCGGUUUUUAAGUUAUUACAUCCCCACCCUCCUGUCUGCCCCUCACCUGCAGCCUGUUUGUCCAAUAAACUUAGGAGAGUCCCCCUCCCC